AUGGGGUGGGCGGGGAGACCUCAGAAAGAGGCCCUGACAGUGGGCCCCCUCCAUCUUGCUGCCCCCACAGGUGCCGGCCACAAAACAGGGCGUGCCACCGAGAGAGAGACCUGGGGGAGACCUCCAGCGAGGAGUGGCGGUCGGGGUCGCCGGCCUGACGUGCCUGAGGAUCGGCCCACCUCCCCGAAGCGCCGCCGCCACCUGUCCCCACAGGCCCGAGUGUCCGGGCCCAGCCCGCUGUCCCGCGUCCUCAACCACGUGGGCGGGCUAGAGGUGCUUCUGGCUGAGCUUCGGGCCCCCGGGGGCGCCUUCCUGCCCAGCUCGGGCGGCCACGGCACACAGCCCAGCGCCGGGCAGCGCGCCUGGCUCACCUGGCAGCUGACCCACUCCGGGGCCGCCCUGCACUGGGCGCUGGCAACGCUGCACGCCCUGCUGGCGCCCCUGCCCCGGCACGCCGGCCCCCCGGCCUACCAGCCGGCUCCCGGCUGGCCGUGGGGGUCUCUGCCAAGAUGGCCGCGCCCAGGGCCAUUACCCAAGGGUGCCGCCAUCGCUGCGGCUGGAUCAGCGGAGGCCGCUCUCCGGGUAGCCGCCAUAUCGGUCUCCAGCGGCGGCCAGAUUCUGACAAAGCCGGAGACCAUAGACCGGAGGAGAAGUGCGGGAACGGCCGAAGAGGCCAGACAUCCACUGGAAAUGGCUUUGUCCGAGCCCGAGGCCAGCGCCGCGGGAUCAGUAACAUUCAAAGAUGUGACUAUGGCCUUUACCCAGAAGGAAUGGGAGCGAUUGGAUCCUACUCAGAAGAACCUGUACAAGGAUGUAAUGCUAGAGAACUAUAGCAACCUAGCCUCAAUGGGAUUUCAAGCUCCAAAACCAGACAUGAUCUCCAAGUUGGAAAAAGGAGAAGAACCAUGGUUGGGGAAGGGAAAAAGGCCCAAUCAAGGUCAUUCCAAUAAAAUAGCAAGAUCCAAGAAAAUAGGAAUCAAUGGAAAAGAAGUCCAGCAGGAUGAUGAUCAGCUUAAGAGUAACCAGAAAUCCCCAAACAAACCCCUUCAUGAAGUUGCAUCCAAGAAGAAAACUCUGACAAAAAAUAAGGGCAAUGAGUGUGGUUCACUUGGGAAAAAGAAUAACACAAGUACAAAAUGUAUUCCUUCAAAAAAAAGGCUUCUUAAAUUUGAUUCACAUGGAACGAGUUUGAAACAGAGUGUAGAUUUACCUGAUCACAUAAGAAACUGUGCAAAAAAGAAACCUGAUACAGCUAAAGAAGACAAGAAGUCAUUCAGACAUAGCUUAUCUGAUAAAAAGAAAAUCGGAAAUCAAACUAGAAAGAAACGUGAGAAAUUAUCCAACCAUAGCUCAUCUGGUAAGUGCGAAAAAACACAAACUGGCAAGAAACAGGAGAAAUUAUGCCAUCGUAGCUCAUCUCGUGCUAAGCAGGACAAAAUUCAAACUGGAGAGAAACAUGAGAAAUUAUCCAGCCCUAGCUCAUCUAUUAAGCAUGGCAAAACUCAAGCUUGUGUGAAACCCUAUGAAUGUGAUCAGUGUGGGAAAGUUCUCAGCCAUAAACAAGGACUCAUCGACCAUCAGAGGAUUCAUACUGGUGAGAAACCAUAUGAAUGUAAUGAAUGUGGGAUAGCCUUUAGCCAAAAGUCACACCUUGUUGUGCAUCAGAGAACUCACACUGGAGAAAAACCAUAUGAAUGUAUUCAGUGUGGCAAAGCCCAUGGACAUAAACAUGCUCUCACUGACCAUCUAAGAAUUCAUACUGGUGAAAAGCCGUAUGAAUGUACUGAAUGUGGGAAAACCUUCAGACACAGCUCAAACCUUAUUCAACAUGUGAGAUCUCAUACAGGUGAGAAGCCCUAUGAAUGUAAAGAAUGUGGAAAAUCCUUUAGGUAUAACUCAUCUCUUACUGAACAUGUACGAACUCAUACAGGUGAAAUACCAUAUGAAUGCAAUGAAUGUGGAAAAGCAUUUAAAUAUAGCUCUUCCCUUACUAAACAUAUGAGAAUUCAUACAGGUGAGAAACCUUUUGAAUGUAAUGAAUGUGGGAAAGCUUUCAGCAAGAAGUCACACCUUAUUAUACAUCAAAGAACUCAUACUAAGGAGAAACCUUAUAAAUGUAAUGAAUGUGGAAAAGCCUUUGGACAUAGCUCAUCUCUUACCUACCAUACAAGAACUCAUACAGGUGAAAGCCCCUUUGAAUGUAAUCAAUGUGGGAAGGCCUUUAAACAAAUUGAAGGCCUUACUCAACAUCAGAGAGUUCAUACGGGGGAGAAACCGUAUGAGUGUAAAGAGUGUGGGAAAUCCUUUAGUCAAAAGUCACACCUCAUUGUACAUGAAAGAACUCAUACUGGAGAGAAACCCUAUGAAUGUAAUGAAUGUGGAAAAGCCUUCAGUGCAAAGUCACAGCUUGUUAUACAUCAGAGAUCCCACACUGGAGAAAAACCCUAUGAAUGUAAUGAAUGUGGGAAAGCCUUCAAACAAAAUGCAUCCCUUACCAAACAUAUGAAAACUCAUUCAGAUGAGAAACUUCAUGAAAAAAAUUAAUGUUAGAAAUCUGCUAACUAAACUUAAGGUUGUGUUUAACUUUGGAAAUAUUCUCUCUUUUUUUUUUCUCUUUGAGACAGUC